AUGCCUGAUCAAAUGAAACCCUUCCAGAUCGAAUCUGACACCUCCAAGUUUGCCUCUGGAGCCAUCCUCACCCAACUCAACGAAAACGGACUACGACAUCCCUGCACCUUUUACUCGCAGUUGUUCUCUCCCACCAAAAGAAACUAUCAAGUUUACGAACAAGAACUCCUUGGCAUCAUACGAGCGCUUAAGGAAUGGAGACACUAUAUCCAAGGUGCUCCUUAUGACACAAUGGUCUUUUCAGACCAUCAGAACCUCCAAUAUUGGAAAGCCCCCCAAGACCUUAACCGACGACAAGCCCGAUGGCACCUCUACCUAUCCGAAUUCGAUCUCAAACUUGUCCACAUGCCAGGCACUAAAAUGAUCCAAUCCAAUGCACUCUCUCAACACCCGGAUCACUGCCCUGAAGAAGACAAUGACAACGAGCAAAUCACCAUGCUCCCUGCUCAAGUCUUUAUCAAUCUCAUCGAUGUCGACCUCCAGAAGAAGAUCACCAACUCUCCUAACUUCGACUAUGAUGCCACCUCUGCCAUCAAACUCCUGCUCAACUCUGAUCUCCCACAUGUCAAAGAAUCCCUAUGUGACUGGACCUUUGAAAUGGUCAAAGACAAACCCCUUCUUUUCUACCAAGGAAAGAAUUACAUUCCCAAAGACAUUGAAAUCUGA